UACAAAUCACGCUGUAUUUCGUUGAUAAAACUCGAACACAAUCCGAUCAAUAAAUGGAAGUAGACUUUAUUUUAUCAAGUAGAAUUCACUCAGUCAGCGAGUACUCGCAGCGACGCAUUAUGUUUCGGUAAUCAGAAUUUCAAUGUAGCACAAUUUCUUACUUUUUGUCUCUAAGUUCAACUAUCAAAUUGUUUGAAACUUUUAAUACAUUAGAAAAAUGGCAUCAAUAGAAGAAAGUUGGAAAGAAGCAACUGAUGGUUUAGAUAGUGGUAUCUGUGAUACAUGGUUCACAAAACUCCAAGAAGCUUAUUCAGAAGAAAAACGUACUUAUCAUAAUUUAGAUUCCCUUCGUGAUAAAUUAAAUUGUUAUUAUGAAAUUAAGGAUAACUUAAAAAAUCCUCAAGCUGUGCUUCUUGCCUUAUUUUUUCAAAACUUUGAAUAUGAUCCCAAAGCAUUAGAUGGUGAAAACAAAAAUUUAGAGCAUUUUAAUACAUUUGCAGAUGAAGCUGAAAUUCCUACUGAUGCAGUAUUAAGGGAAGAAACUUGUGAACUUUUGAAAGUAGCUGCAACACAUAGUACUGAUGCACAUAAAAUUGGUGGUGCCUUUGGUGGUGAAGAUGCUCAUUACUUUUUAGAUUUGGACAUGGCUGUGUUAGGUUCUUCUCCAGAAAAUUAUGCAGAAUAUAGAGAAAAAAUACGUGGAGAAUAUUGUUUUCUUAGUGAGCCAAUGUACACUGCAUUACGUUUGAAGGUAUUGCAGAAUUUUGUGCAGAUUCCAAAUAUUUUUGCCACAAAGGAAUUUCGUGAAAAAUAUGAAGAACAAGCUCGACAAAAUAUUCAAACUGAAGUUGAAUUGUUGUCUUAGAAUAAUUAAUGAAUUUUAUGCAUGAAAAGAUGUAUCUUUGUAACGUUUUUGUUACUAAAUAUGUUUAUUAAUUAAAAAACAAAAAUAAGGUUCCAAAAUUGACACAAAAUUCUUUUAUUGUGUCAGUAGACAUUGAUCUCCAUAUAGAGUAAAGUAGCACAAAUCUAUAUUUUGUGUAUUAGUAUUUAAGUAAUGUCAAAUGACAUCAUGCAGAAAUGAAAUAUAUUAUUAAAUAAGAGAUACAUUCAUGUUCCACAUUUAGCAUAAAAAUUUUUUUAUGCUAAGUAUAUUUUAUUUCAUUAAAUUAAAUAAAAAUAAUAUAUAUAAUUUCAUAAUACAAAUUAUAGAAUUCUUAUUUCCAAUAUUAAAUAUCACAUGAAUGUAUAUCUUUCCAUAUUUAUAUUAUUUGUUUUUUUUUUCAUUUAUUUAUAUUAUAUUUUUGUUUUUAAAAUAAAAUGCUAAAAUUUAUUUAAUAACGCUUUUUAUACUAAUAAUAUUUAAAUAAAUUUUUUAAACAUUUAAAUAUAAAAAUUUAUAUCUUGGUGUAAUUGCUUCUAGCUAAAGUUACACAUGUAUAACAUUUGUAACUAAUAUUAAGAAAUUUAUAUGUAUUCAAUUAAUAAAAAGAUUUUAAAUAUUGUUAUAUUAAAUUACAUAUGAAUUAAAUUCACAGUUGUAAAAUUGAAAUAAUGUAAAACAAAAUCAAAGAAUUGUCGAUCUGUCAUAAUUUAUUUUAUUUAACUAAUUAAAUUGAUGUAAAUCUUUAAAUAUAUUAUUG